AUGUCCCAAGGCCAAAGCCAGGAGUCUGACUUUCUGCCUUCUCUUUAUGAGGGGGACACAGGUCAGUUAACUGAUUUUACUCCUUCAAAUCCUCUUAUUACGCCGACAAACAUUAUUCUUGGUUCUUGUCCAAUUGAAGGAAGUGAGCCUGAUUUUCUCCGACCAAGCAAUCUUCCUCCCCCUGACUCAUUUACUCGUGUUGGCCCCGAUCGGAGAAAGGCAUUUGUACUUUAUAACAGCAUGACUCACACAGAUUGGGUUGAUUGGUGGCUUCAGACAGAUUUUGGACAGAAAAGCAAUCUCAAAUGGGACACAAAUCGCAAUUCAGAUAUCUGGAGUCACUUUGAUCAGGUUGCCGCUCAUAAAGAUGGGGCACCAAAAGUUAUGUGUAAAAACUGUGCCCGGAUCUUAGAGCAUCCUGCAUCAAUUUUACCAAAUGGCAGAAGUCUAUAUGGUACAUCAAGUCUGUUAAAGCAUCUCAAAACAGCAGGUUGCCAAAAGGCUAAAGCCAACAGAAAAGAGGAUAUCUCUCAGUUCCUAAUAUCAGAAGUAUGUUCUCUAUUUACUAUUAUUUAUCUUAUAUUAACUAUUUUAGGGCCAAACAGCUACUCAGUCAUUCUCACAAACUACAUGGGAAAUACAGCUAUUGCAGUUUCUUACCUUAAAUCGCCUACCAUUCCAUCUUAUUGA